AUGUCGCCGAUUCACCGCACCGAACCGUCCCGGGCCGCCUUGGGAGUGCACAGCGCCGCGCGCGGUGAUUCCCGGCGGCCGGUGUGCAAAACAGCUCCUCAGAGAGAGUUGCAAGUACAGCGGCAAGAAUAUUCAAGCAGAAUUGGAAGUGGCAGCCUGAAAGGCGAGAGAAUGUUGUCGACAGGACAACGCAGGUUUGCAGUCAAUUGCCUACUCUCGUUUGGCAACCCUACUAGCUCAGGGAAAGCUGAAGACGGAAGACUGGCGGGCGGGCAGUUUCAUCAAGCUGGGUUUUUGCAGUCAGAAAUAGUCGCAUUUCAACAACAGGCUUACCAGACUAGCCCCGCUGGCUUUGAUGCUGCCGAACUGCUCUGGCAGGUAUGGCGUAAACACAACAUCACACUCAUGUUGGCUGGACAGGAAGCUGCGUUCCAGUCAAACCAUGUUGAGGCCUUGCAGCAGGACAUCUCAGAAUUGAGGCAAACGGCUAGCUGGGAGGCCGCGCAUGCGUUGUCGAGUGCAGUUAGCCCAGACUUUGACCUUGACGCGUCGAUGGCAAGGCUUCGCUUAGAUGCCCUUGGUGAAGAGAUUGCAGGGGGCGGAAGAGGAAGUGCGGCGUCGCUCAGGCUGGUGUGUGUUGCAUUGGCUGGAAGUUUUCUUGGCCAAGUUCUUAAUGCUGAUCGUGCACUUGGCGAAGCUGUGGCUAAUGAGAGUGGCGCCACAGUGAUGGAGGCCACGGGCCAGGUGGUUGCGCAGUCGGGCUCCGUACCCAGCUGGCUACAACCUGCAAUUCUUGCAGCGCCGCUUCUCUUGUAUGGUGGCUUCUACUGGUACAGAGAGAAUGUCAACCAGCGGUUGUCUCCAUUUGACUACGUGACCUUGCUCCUAGUCGUCUUGGCUGGUUCAAACUUGUUUCUCGCCGUCUUCUUCCAGAUUCGACUGUUCUGAGUACCCAACGACUCAAGCUCGUAAUCAGUGCUGUAAACUUCUUAUUUCUUGGACAAGUAAUCAACCGAAUGUAACCUAGAUAGCCAACUGGAAGAGGUUCGCAGGUUCUUGUGAACAUGUGUUCGAUGGAGUUGGGUAUACCAACAAAGAGCCCGUAGUAUUCUGCAACUGCGUUACAUUUGUUUGUUAAUUCAAAAUUUGCUUGCCAAAGGCCUGGCUGUCGUUCUGCAUCGGAAGGCUGGAGUGCCCGUCAAACAAUAUAUGUGUGUACAUUAUCCUAGCUUGACGGAUCUAAUUUUCGAAAUCAUCAAUGAUCAAAUCCAU